AUGCCAGCAAACGCCCAACCCGAAGAUCCACUGGAUGGUGCCGACUAUGAUCCAAUCGACCAUCUAAACGAGAUAUUUCCCCAUCCCUCCACCCUCGCUUCGGUUUCUAAGACUUCCUACGCUCUCCGAGACUACCAAGAUGGCCUUGACCGGGAUAUCGCAGCCCUUACCGAGGCUCAGGCAGCGUCAAAUAAGGCAAGCGUUGAGCGAAUUCAAACUGCCAAGGCAGAUAUGGCAGAACUCUUCAAAAAGAUCGACGACGUACGCGAAAGGGCUUUAAAGACUGAGCGCGCUAUCACCGAGAUGACUGCGGAUAUAAAACAAUUGGAUAAUGCGAAAAAGAACCUUACACUGUCAAUGACCACACUUAAGAGGCUGCAGAUGCUGACCACCGCGUAUGAGCAACUAAAGGCCCUUAGUAAGUCAAGGCAAUAUAGAGACUGUGCACAAUUGUUGCAAGCGGUUAUCCAGCUGAUGUACCAUUUCAAAUCGUACCGUUCGAUUGAUCAGAUUGCUUCUUUGAGUCGUAAUGUGGCAGAUAUACAAAGAGAACUGCUGGAACAAGUGUGCGAGGACUUUGAGCUCAUCUUUACAAAAGGGGAAAUUUCCCAAAGGAAGAAUGUUUUAUCAGAGGGAUGCUCUGUGAUGGAUGCAUUAGGGGAUGUAGCGAAAUCGAGGCUUAUCACUUGGUACUGCAAUACUCAACUGAGGGAGUAUAGACAAGUGUUUAGAGGAAAUGAAGAGGCAGGCUCUCUAGAUAACAUAUCAAGAAGGUAUUCUUGGUUCCGAAGAAUGUUGAAAACUUAUGAGGAAGAACAUUCAGCCAUAUUUCCGACAUCUUGGAAGGUUGGUGAGACUUUGACGAACGUCUUUUGUGAAGGAACUCGAGAAGACUUCAAGGGGAUACUAUCCCGCUCAGUGCGCAGUGGCCAGAGUCUGGAUGUGAACCUUCUACUAUCCUGUCUACAAGAGACACUUGAUUUCGAGCAUUCCCUUGACCGACAUUUUGCUCCAACCUCCCGCGCAUCUAUUGAUACCUUUACCUCCAGUGAAUCUCCUGCUUUCUCCCAAUCCAUAUCCGAAGCCUUCACCCCUUACCUGGGUAUUUGGGUUGAGGCACAAGAUAAACAACUCGCUUCAUUGAUUCUAAAGUACCGACAACAGCCCAUUAAGCCUAAAGACGAGGACUUCUCUUCGCAACUUGUAAUUCAAUCAUCUACGGAUCUCUUCACAUUCUAUCGCCAUUCUUUGGCGCAAUGCGCUAAAUUAUCUACCGGGGACAGUUUAUCGGAGUUAUCAAAAGUUUUCGGGAAAUAUUUAGACCAAUAUGCACAACAGGUCUUGCUGUAUCAUAUCAGCGAGCGAACUGCGGGACAAGUGCCGUCCCAGGAAGAACUAAUAAUGGUGUUGAAUACUGCGGAUUACUGUUAUUCGACUUGCAAUCAACUAGAGGAGAAGAUUAAGGGUCGCAUCGACGAUAAUUUCAAGCAGGCUAUUGAUCUCCAAAGCCAAGCGAAUUCAUUCAUGGGUAUUGCCGGCGCCGUUGUUCGUAUCCUCGUCCGCAAAGUUGAAUUGGAGUUGGAUUCCACCUGGAAAGAAAUGCGGAAUAUUUCAUGGAACAAGCUUGACAGCGUCGGCGACGAGAAUUCCUAUGUCGAGUUGUUGUUAACAAAAUGCAAAGCGAAGUCCGCAGAAAUAUUGAACAUGCUUCACAAGCAACAAUACGCCCGAACAUUUGCAGAUCACGUCAUCGAAUAUAUCUCCAGCACAUUUGCGUCUAAUAUCUACCAGUGUAGGCCGGUUUCUGAGACUGGCGCUGAGCAGAUGCUGCUUGAUGGCUAUUCAUUGAAAAACGGGCUAUCUACUCUUCUCGACCCUGCCCCUCCUGGAUUCACAAAACGUCUCAACACUACAUUUCAAAAAGUAGACACGCUCCUGAAAACCCUGCAGGUUCGAGCUUCGCCUGCGGAAGCCCUUGUACAGGCAUACCUUAUUCACAUCGCCGACAAAAACGACAAUAACUUCCGCAAAAUCCUUGAUAUAAAAGGUAUUCGUGGGAAAGGGGAACAGAAUCGACUACUUGAGUUAUUUCAAAUUCAUAAAGCGUCCGAUCGCUAUGCCUCAAGUUUACAGGCGAGUAGCCCGUUGAUCGCCCAACUACAAACACAAACCCCUAUACCCUCCCAGUCCAUAGCCGCCCCCCAAGGCCUGGGGCUGAGUACCCUUGCUACAGCUCCAGGCUCGUCCCUAGGAGCAAGUACGAGAUUCGAUGCAUCCAUGCUAGGCUCGGCGCUCAUAUCAGCAGCUCGUGACGGAGUAGAUAGAUUAGGCACUCCAGGACUCGGAACCCUAGGGGCCAGCCCGACCAUCGGGGUCAACGGGAGGAUGGGAACUCCCCCCCUUGGAGAUGUGAUGGGAUCCAGUGAUGGGAUUGAAGGGGGGUUGGCUGCAGCUGGACUCAACGCGACGAAUCUGAAUGAAAACUUGAAAAAUAUCGGCAAGUUUUUCCGUAGAGAUAUAGGCGGACUAGGAGGGAGGUUUGGAAGAGGCGUUGAUGAUGGGAAAUAG